GACAAAAGCGCCGCGGCGCGGCGGCCGUGGGGCGGGCGGGGCCGCCCAUGGGGGCUGCCGCAGGGCUGGCCGCGGGCAGGGGCGCAGCCCGGGGCCGCCGGGAGCGGAGCGGCGCGGGGAGGCCGGCACUGCGGGCAGGGGCGUGCUGCAGCGCGCAGGGGCGGGCCGCGGGGCCCCGCUGCUGAGGAGCCGGCACGGCGCGGCGCGGCACGGCACAGCACGGCGCGGCAGCCCUCUCCCGCGGCGCGCACACGCACCCGGAGGCAGAGGCACCCGCCCCUUCCCCCCGCCGCCCUGCGCAUCCCCUUCCAUGGCGCUGAGGACGGCAGCCCCCCGCUCCGCACGUGGCGGCGGCGCGGCUCGGCGCGGGCGCGGACCACGGUGACUUCCCCGGCCCGGGGGCGGCGGCGGGCGCGGAGACCUCAGAUCUAAUGGAAACCGGGGGCGAUGCCAGAGCGGCACCUCGGCGGGGAGGCGGCGGCCGUGGCGGGUUUCCAGCUGCUGCCGAGCCCAGCGCUCCCCCGGCUGCGGAGACGAGCAUGAAUAUUGAUGGGCCCGUCGGCGGCAGGAGGAGCGGGGCGGACGCUGCUGCAAUGCCGGGAACCGAGGGAGCCCCUGCCCCGCCGCUCCGCGUGCCUUGCGCCAAGGACCCCAAAAUGGUCCAUCAGCGGUUCCUCCGGAGGAGCGUGGUGGACUCGGACCAGGAGGAACCUGCUUUCGACCUUCCCGAGUCAGAGCAUCAGAGGAAAAUUAUCCUGCUCCCUAAAACCCGGAGGAUAAUCGCGGAGAGGGCCAAGGUAGGGCGCGGGGCGGCGGAGAAGGCAUCCUCGGAGGCCGAGCCUGCCGAGGAGCUGAAGACGGGGCCAGCCCCUGGCGGCACAGCGGGGGCUGAAGAGCAGAAGGAGACCGGCAGAGAUGCGGAAAGGAGAGAGGUGACAGAUGCUUCCAAAGAUCAGGGCAAGUCCAAGAAAGAGGAGCCUGAGGAGGAGGCCGAUAUGAAAGCGGUUGCCACCUCGCUGGAUGGCAGGUUCCUGAAGUUUGAUAUCGAACUCGGGAGGGGAUCCUUCAAAACGGUCUAUAAGGGUCUGGACACGGAGACGUGGGUGGAAGUUGCUUGGUGUGAACUUCAGGACAGAAAAUUAACAAAAGUAGAGAGACAGAGAUUUAAAGAGGAAGCAGAGAUGUUGAAAGGUCUACAGCAUCCAAAUAUUGUAAGAUUUUAUGACUUCUGGGAAUCCUGUGUAAAAGGAAAAAGAUGUAUCGUGCUGGUUACUGAAUUGAUGACCUCUGGAACACUAAAGACGUAUCUGAAGAGAUUUAAAGUGAUGAAACCAAAAGUCCUGCGUAGUUGGUGCCGGCAAAUCCUGAAGGGUCUUCUUUUCUUGCACACAAGAACUCCACCAAUAAUUCACAGAGACUUAAAAUGUGACAAUAUUUUUAUUACUGGACCAACUGGAUCUGUGAAAAUAGGAGACUUAGGUCUGGCAACCCUCAAGAGAGCUUCAUUUGCCAAAAGUGUAAUAGGUACUCCAGAGUUUAUGGCACCAGAAAUGUAUGAGGAACACUAUGAUGAGUCCGUGGACGUGUAUGCUUUUGGGAUGUGCAUGUUGGAAAUGGCUACCUCAGAAUACCCUUAUUCAGAAUGCCAGAAUGCUGCUCAAAUUUACCGAAAAGUAACCUGUGGUAUAAAGCCAGCAAGCUUUGAGAAAGUUACUGAUCCUGAAAUUAAGGAGAUAAUUGGGGAGUGCAUUUGCAAAAAUAAAGAAGAAAGAUAUGAAAUCAAAGAUUUAUUAAGCCAUGCCUUUUUUGCUGAAGAUACUGGGGUAAGAGUGGAACUUGCAGAAGAAGACCAUGGUAGGAAAUCCUCUAUUGCCUUAAGACUCUGGGUAGAAGAUCCUAAGAAACUGAAAGGAAAACCCAAAGAUAAUGGAGCCAUUGAGUUUACUUUUGAUCUGGAGAAGGAAACUCCUGAUGAUGUUGCACAAGAAAUGAUUGACUCUGGAUUUUUUCAUGAAAAUGAUCUCAAGAUAGUUGCGAAGUCAAUACGUGACAGAGUAGCAUUAAUACUAUGGAGAAGAGAGAGAAUUUGGCCUAGGAUACAGUCAGAGGAACGUCGAGAUUCUGAAUGUUUGGAGAAAUUGAAGGCGCCACAGGCACAGCAGGUUCAAGUCACAUACCUUUCUCACACCGGUCACCAUAUCCUGUCGGAGUCGGAGGAGCCCGAGGCGGACCAGCACCCUUUUCAGCAAAACCUGCCCACCAGCGUCACAUCUGUUGCAUCUGACAGCACAUUUGACAGUGGUCAGGGGUCCACUGUUUAUUCAGACUCCCAAAGCAGCCAGCAAAGUGUCAUCUACUCAUCUCUGCCUGAUUCAAUACCUCCUGCUAUUCAACGGGUUUAUAGCCCACCUCUAAGUGAGAGCCAGGCCUUGCCCCACAGCCUUCAGCAGCUGGGGCACUACCAGCAGCCCUCAGGACCUGGCCUGCCCGUGGUCCAGGCCCCCGCCGCUGCCGCGUCCCAGCGGCCCCAGCAGUACCAGGAGCCGGCGAUGACGUUCCCGGUGGUGCAGCCGACCACGGUGGCGUCCCUGCCGAUGGGGCAGUCGCCGCCGGUGCUCGCCAGCCAGCAGCAGCAACCCCUGUCACAGCAAGCCUCUCUGCAGCAGGUGCUUGCCAGCCAGCCUGUUUGCCCAAUCCCACCUGCAACCCAUCUGUUACCCCAGUAUCAGCCCCAAACUUCUCAGGUGGCAGCUAGCAGUACACCACUGAAACCACUUCAGAUCUCAACUGUACCACAGCUUCCACCAGUUGCCCCCUCCCAGAUUCCUCAGUUUCCUGUCAUUCCUGCAAUUACUCCUCUGGCAGGACUUGACAACCUUCCUCCAAACCUCUCUGAUAUACCUGCUGCAAAUGUGCCCCCUAUACCUGCUCCUUCUCCAUAUUUUACUCCAGCUGUGAUUUUACCGAGCCUCCCCAUGAACCCCGCUCUGCCUCUGGCACCAAAUUCCCCCGCCCUCCCCAUGCAGGCAGUGAACCUUCCUCAUACAACUGUGGCUUCUUUGGUCUUGCCCUGCCAAACAAUAGUGCCAAACAUGUCGGCUGCUACGAUACCGUUACUGGCCGUGGCUCCGCCGGGAGUGUCGGCUUUGCCAGCACACCACGCAGUGUCCCAGCUCUCUCAGCAGCAGAUGUACCCGGCCACCUUCCAGCAGAUGGUGCAGAGCGAGGUGCCCUCUCCCCACCACACGCAGGGCACGCAAGCGGUGUCCCAGCAGCAGCAGCCGCCGCCUCCACCUCCUCAGUCACUCCAGCCCAGCCUAAUUCAUCCUUCAGAACAGGCCUUGUCUGCGCCUGGGGCUGGUAACCAGAUUACUGGACACACUCAGUAUGCUUUGGAAACUGGAGCCCAGGUGCCUGUACUGCCUGUGCAGCCUUCGAUAGUAAUGUCACCACCUUUGCAGUUGCAGCCUGAACUAUUGCCUCCCCGCGUCGCACCAGAAAGUAUUUCACAGGUUCAUGGCAGCCUUGCUACAGCUAGUCCACCCGUGCCCAUAGAUCACUGUCUGCCUCCGCAGCCUUCUGGUCUUCUGCAGCUUCAGCCAGACCUGUCCCAGCCUCUGGGUCAGCAGCUCCCAGUGCCCUGCUCAGCAGCCCAGGCAAUUACAGAGCCAUCUCAAGAGGAGCAGGCAAUACAGGACAAACUUCAGACACUGUCACAGAGCUGUGAAAGCUACAUGAGUCCAGAUGUUGCUUCAGGUAAAGAAAUGAGUGACAGCUUUGAAGGAGCGAUAGGAAGUGGAAAACAAGAAGGAAAGCCUUCAAAGAAACAUAAGAAAUCUACCCGCGCUCGUUCACGCCAGGAAAAGUCCAGCAGACCAAAACUGACCAUAUUAAAUGUCUGUAACACAGGGGAUAAGAUGGUGGAGUGUCAGCUUGAAACACACAAUCACAAAAUGGUGACUUUUAAGUUUGAUUUGGAUGGUGAUGCACCGGAGGAAAUUGCUACUUACAUGGUAGAGAAUGAAUUCAUAUUGCAGAGUGAAAAAGAGAUAUUUAUUGAACAAAUGAAAGAUAUCAUUGAUAAAGCAGAGGAUAUGCUCAGUGAAGAUACAGAAGGAGAACGAAGUUCUGAUCAGGGGACAAGUCCCCAACAAGAUACUGACAGACUGGAAGUGAAUGAGGAGAAGCGGCAGUCUCAAGUGAAGACGCCUGUGUAUCAACAAAAUGUCUUGCAUACUGGAAAAAGAUGGUUUAUUAUAUGUCCUGUUGUGGAAAAUCCUACUACUGAUGCACCAGAAUUUUCUCCACCAGUUCCUCAGAGUACACAGCAGUCUGAAGGCCCAGACCUGGAGCAGCCAGAUGAUCAGCCGGCGAACCCUGCGAUGACAGAUACGCCUGGUGUCUUACCUUGUCAGCAGCUUCCUCUUCAAGCGAGCGUAUGCGACAGCCCCGUUGGCGCCGCUCCGUCCCUGGCGCAGGUUCCUGCUGCAGCGUCCUCGGCCGCCUUACAGAGCCAGGCGGAUUUUCCCGCUCCAGCACUGCCGGCACCUGCUCCCAACAUCCUCGAGCAGGCGGCGGCUACCGGAGGUCAGCUGGAGUAUUCCCCGCUCAAGGCGGCGGUGCCUGCUCCGCCCGGCGCUUUGGCCCUCCGCGCGGCCCUGCUGGAGGAGCCCCCCGAUGCCCAGCUGCCCCCGCAGCACGCGCAGCCGCAGGCGGACGAGGGCCUGUGCAUGCCCGACGUGGAAAUAGCCUGCUGCAGCGUCGGGCCACCCAAACCGGCCCCGCCAGUCCCCGCGAAGGCGGCAGAGCUCUGCCCGCUCCCUGCGCUCCCGGAUAACGUCGUUCUGGAGCGGCAGCCUGCAGCGCAAGUCCCCCACUUGCCCGAGGCCGGCCAGCCCGGGGCGAUGCAGCCCCCCUUCGUGAACCAUGUGUUCCCUGCAGCUCUUGCAGCCGACUCCUUCAACCUGGCAGGGUCUCAGCUGCAGAGUCCCACUCAGGCGUCGGUGGUGGCAUCCCAGCAGCACAUGCUGCUGUCUCAGAGCCAGCCGGUCACCUGCUCUGGCAUGGGCAUCGGGCUGCUGCCGCAGCAGCCGCCCUGCACCGCGGAGUCGGACGGAGAAGGACCGCCCAGGGUAGACUUUGUUGACAACACGAUAAAAAGCCUCGAUGAGAAGUUACGCAAUUUACUUUACCAGGAAUAUGUUCCAACUUCUUCUGCAUCAGCAGGAACUCCAGACAGUUUUGUCCCAUUAGAACAGGGGGACAACGAGUUUAACCUGCCGCCUCUUACAGAAGAUCAAAUUCCCACGCUGGUGUUGGGUUUAAGAGAACCAGCCCCUAAAGCUGCAGAUACCUGCCAGGAAGUGAAAGCUGCUGAGAGUCAAUUUGUGUCACUCGUGCCAUCAGAGAUCUCACCUUGCCCCAUCCCGUUCGAAAAGUCUGGGGUCGCUGGCGCCGCUGUUGAUUCCUCAGAAGCAAGAGGUGGGUCAGCAAGCAGAAAAGGUUCAGCUACAAGCAUCAUUUCAGCUCCUGCUGCUACAGCGAAAGGUCUCCCUCAGGUUGCAUCUGCAUCAUCAAGCAUGGCUAAGCAGAUGGAAACUUCUAAAAGAAAUGAGAAGGCAAAGACCACAGCUUCAUCUGCACACACAGAUAAUUUAAUGCAGAUAUCUACAGCAGAUGGGAUGAUAAAUAACCUUCAAAGGGAUGCCUCUCUAGACUCCGGUUCCUAUGGAAAACAGGCUGAAACUCAUGAUAGCAGUACACCAGCCAAAACUAUUGGCAGGUUUUCAGUAAUCAGCACACAAGAUGAAUUAACUUUAGCAUCACCACACUGCUUAAGGUUCUCCGCACCCCCAGACGUCUAUUUGGAUGAGCUGCCUUCCAGCCCUGACCUGAAGGCGGCUGUCCGACGCGUGCAGACAGCCUCUUCUGUCGACGUCCUCUGUGACCAGGGUUCAAGCGAUUCUGCUGAUGAGUCUUUCCGCAGGCAGCCUGUUGCUGCUCAGCCAUCCCCACCGAGCAGUAGUGCGGCCACUGACUUAAUUAAAAAAGCAGCUGCUUUUCUGCAAAGAUCUGGAAAACCUGGCUUACAAGGCCUUGAUUCACCUAACGGUCAGGGAACAAAAAUUCCUACCAUCAACAUAACAUCCUUCCACUCGCAGUCGUCGUACAUGAGCAGUGACAAUGAUUCAGAAUUCGAAGAUGCAGACAUGAAGAAAGAAUUGCAGAAUCUGAGAGAAAAACAUAUGAAAGAAAUUGCUGAACUUCAGACUCAACAGAAGAACGAGAUAGAGGCUCUGUACCUUCGGUUAGGGAAACCCCUUCCUCCCAACCUGGGCUUUCUGCACUCAGCCCCACCAAGUGGCCGUCGCCGAAGAACCAGCAAAAAUAAAUUGAAAGGUGGAAAACUAUUAAACCCUCUGGUUCAGCAGCUCAGGAGUGGAACAUCAAGCACAAGUAAUAUGUCAGACGCUAAAGACUCUCCCCACAGAGAAACAACUAAAACUCAAUCUGGAUCUCCCGAAACAACAGCAGUAACUUCUACAUCGGCCACGUUUGGGAAGUCGGUUCAGACACAGCAGCCAUGCUCUGUCAAAGCCUCUUUGUCUUCGGACAUCUGCUCCGGCUUAGGCCCUGAAGGAGGAGACGUGAAUGCGAGCUCUGGCCAAGGCUGGACGGUUUUCCACCAAACGUCUGAGAGAGUGACCUAUAAAUCUAGUAGCAAACCUCGUACCAGAUUCCUCAGUGGACCUGUGUCUUUGUCCAUCUGGUCUACCUUGAAACGACUAUGUCUAGGCAAAGAUCACAGUAGUAGAUCCUCUACGAACAGUCUGGUACCGUGCCCGGAGCCCCUGCCGCAAUCCACCCUGCAUGUCCAGGCCAACAACAGUAACAACAAGAAGGGCACCUUCACCGACGACCUUCACAAGCUGGUUGACCAGUGGACAAGCAAAACUGUUGGAGCUGCACAGACAAAACCCUCUUUAAACCAACUGAAGCAGAACCAAAAAAGGCAAGACAUGGAGCCAAAGGCUAAUCCCAUGCAAACCCAGAAUGAGACAUGUGGAGUUAAUUCAGUAAGAACAGGAUUGGGGAAUCAGUGCGUUGUUCCAGUCUCUUGUCCUAUGUCCGCUGCGUUAACUGCGGGAGUUUCGCCACCCCUGCCGGUGCCUAUGCCAGUUUGCACUGUAGGUGGCACGGACACCUCUCUCCUGUUUGAAAGUUGCUUUUUGCCCAUUUUACUGUGCAUAGAAUCUGCACCUGCACCUCUCGCUCUAAAGGCACAAGGUGACCACUACACCGGGCUUGCUGAUGGUAAGUUCAAUUUAACGGGGAAGCACUAAGGGCGAUCCUCACAGGCACCGGUGACAAAACAGGCGGACAAAUCUGAAGGCACGUUGCUCUGUAUCUCUACUGCAAUGACGUUUGAUGCUGUCUGCGGAAGGGCAGAGGUGUCUUGUGCUGCCAAGCUGUGAAUUGUAUAGUUCUGUUGUAUUUUGAGCAUUAUAUCUGUCUAAGUUAUUUUGUUUGUACCCUUUGAAUAUAUUAUUCCAUCAAUUCAGUUAGAAUUGGAUUUUAUAGACAAUUAUGCAGAGUCUUCUGCCUGGGCAAAAUACUUACUGUAGUAAGAGAUUUCUGCUCUCUGUAACAUGUAUCUUUAAUUUGUUUGGGUUUUUUAGAUUCAUGUCUGUAUGAGCAACCAUGGAAAAUAUGUUCUCACACCAGUUUUCCUUCAGCUUGCACCGAACCGUGCAGUUUAUGUUGCUAUUGCCUGUUGUAUAGUCCAUCCCUUGUAUACUGACAGAGCCAGUGGCACUAAAAACCCCAAGAAAUUGUAUAGAUUGGAAAGAAGAAAAAUAAACAUUUUGUGCUUGAAAACUGUGCGAAAAAAACAGUGUUUUUCUAAAACAUAGAAGUGUGUCCAUUUCUAGCUGUUCCGGUAACUCUUCAUUUGUUUUCCUGCCUUUUACUCCUUUCCUUGCGUUUAAGGAGCAGGAGCGAUGCCCUCGCUGCUGCCCGGUUUCUGCCCGUAGUGCCGCCACGCCGCCUCUCGCAGCCGCGAAGCAGCGCUCCGGCGGCCGCGUCGCUCCGGGUCUCCGGCCUUCUGCAGCCUUGCCGGCGUUGUGGUGCUGCACAGCAGACCAGGCUGCAACGUUAAAGGGGCUGUUUAAAGCAGGUGGUAUCCUUAGUACUGCCGGUGGCACGGGUUAGGAUGCUGGAGUCUGGCAGGUGGGGAGGGAGGCGCGUGGACCGUGCAUCUCCCGUGCUGGAGGGCGCUAUGGAAACCCUUUUAGCUUGGUCCUGGCAGAAGUGAAACGUGGUGAAGGGAAGGUGUGAAAAUCAGCCUUGACGUAACUUUGUGCUAUGUGCGCCCUUGGAAGUCUCUUUGGUUUAUGUGGCUUGCAGAAGUUAAGAAAGGAAAGGGAGUGUGGGAGGAGGUUUGAUACUUCUGCGUGUCCGUAUAUCCAACCCGCGCGGCUCUGCUGUACCUGCUGCACACGUUUUACGGUUUCGUAUCUGUGCUGCAGUUCUCCAGAAAUCCUGUCUCUUGCUUCCAUGCAAAGGCAGCCUGCGGCAGGGCACACGCCGUGGGCACGAGUGGCGCGGUACGCGUAGAGAUGUGCUGGUGCGUGGGGCCCGCAGGAGCCGCCUCUGACUCUGAGACGUAUGCAUAUUCAUUUACUCUGUUAAAAUGAAGCUUUCACGUUUCUAGCAUCUGCAUUCCUAACUGUUGUAUCUUUAGCUAGUGCUGGGGCCAAAGAAAGGCUCAGAGGUUGAUGUUUUCAUUGCAGCAUUCAUCAUUUUAAUUCCCUGAUAGCCAUCGUCGCUGCAAGUCUUCUGACUGUUAAAUUUAAGCUACAUGUUCUUAUCCUUGAUCAUGCUGAAGGCUGCUUCAACCCUCAGUAGCAAUUAAACGGCGUGAGAUGAAACAAAUGGGACUUCUUGAGCAGAAUUCGAGCAAAAGUGCUGGCCGCAUUGCUCUGCCCACAUCUUUUAACGUUAAAAAAAAAAAAAAGCUCCAAAGUCCUGUUUGUCAUUGAAUAUCUUCCUCAUGCUUAGAGCCAUUUUUUGUUCCUUAAAAAUCAAUCUGUAUUUCUAUUAAGUCCACUUAAAUAAGACUGGUGAGUGAGAUUAUGAUAUUUUAUUUAGCUGCAUGCAUGUGUUUUAUAUAAAGUCUUCAGAAAGAAAAGCAUAUGUACUGCAGGUGCCAAUACUUGCUCUGGCAUGCUACAGUAUGUAACACUGGUCUCAGUGGCCUGGAAGUUUUGCCAGAUUUAAACAACUGGGCCCAAACCUUUCUGCGUAGCUCGGAGAAGGGGUGAGAGGCGUAAGCGGGGUCUGUGCUGCAGCCCCGGAGCGGGGGGCACAGCAAGGAGGGCCUGUGCACAAAACCCCUUCCCCUACAGAUCCCAGAACUGGAGUGAUUUUGUUCCUGACUCUGAAUAUUCCUCUGAUGUCUAGCAAGCAGGUGUGAAACACCCUGGACAAAAUUUCCCCAUUCCUUAACAGCUGGCCUACGGCUGUGUCCUGUAGCUGUGUCAUCUUGACAUUCCCAGAGCAGCUCCAUAAGGACCUGUGUGGCACCAGGGUGGAUCCUUAUGAUUAGAUGUGAGGUUUUGAUGGGGAUAGAGAGGGCCAGGGAGUUGGGAGGUCCCCAGUUUUUUAACUUUAAAAAUUGAUAGGAACUUAAUACAAAUAUUGAAAGAACAUUUUAAGCUGCCAAGUCAUACCUUCAGUACUUAGGAAAUGCCAAAUUAAGUUUGCCCAUCUGCCCCUUAAUUUGGCUUUCCAGUUGCUGUAUAUCAUGAUAGUGUCUAAAUGCAUAAUCACAGCCUGUUUUUCCGCGGUCCCCGGCUUGCUUGUGCGCUGCAGGGCUCGCAAGGGGCAGGGAGCGGAGCAGGACGUCGCGGGGAGACAACUUUGAACACUUAAUGCUCUCCUGCAAGUCUCAGCCCAAUCUCCCUGACUCACUUUAAGCCAAUGGUGCAAAAACUAUCCCUUGCAGUUUCUCUGUGUAUUUAAUUCUGGUCUUCCUUCUAUAGUUUUAAAGAGUAAAUACUAUUAUUGAACUAUUACUUUACAUCUCUCUGCUGAGUGCUCCUUUUUCUCCUGUUCCUUCACUGUCUGCUGUAUAAGUUGCAUUUUUCUCUGAAAUAUUUGGUAUCAGCUGGCAUAAAAAAAAAAGAUGAUGGAUUAAAUGGGCCACUCGUCUGGCUAAAUAUGCCAGUCCCUUCAGUCCUACAAAAAUACUAGUGCUUGGGAACAGGUCUCUAAUGCUAAAUGCUAGUGUUUCCCAAAUGAAAUCAAAUUUCUUAAUCAAAUUUCAGGUUUUGCCAUUUGAUAUUUGUGGAGGGAAAUCAUUAAUAUGUUCUAGUCAGUCAUUAGUUUAACUUGGCUUUUUCAAUGGUUGCUUUUUCCCUUAAAGUAGUUUUUGUGGUCCCAGUGCUCUACUUUCAAUUCAGAAACAUUCACAAUUUUUCCAGAAAAGCCCUGUGGACUCGGAGUUCAGUGUGUUUGUGCUGUUCAGUUAGCGUGCGUGUUCUUGUGGGUAGCGCUGAGUAGGAAAAACAUCCAGCCUUCUGCACUGGUUGGAAGUAGGCUUUGGAGAGGCGUAAUCAGUGGUCUCCUUUUUGAAAUGAUUUGACCUCAAUAUUCCACCCCCCCCCCAAAGUAAACAAAGGUUUCAAGUCAUGUUAAGCAAGAUUGAUAUCUCAAAUGUUAACUAAUAUGGCAAAAACCUGCAUAGUUUUCUGGCUUGCUGCCAACCAGCUACCGCUGAGGUCAGUUCAGGUAGAUCUUGUUGAAGGAGUGGGCUUGGAGGCAGAAGUUGCAAAUGAAAUAGUUCAAGACUACCUCUAAUAAUAACCUAGUAAGGUUUCUUGCGGUCUCCUGUCUCCCCGUCUGCCUGAUUCUGGGGGAUGUUUGUGGAAGAGGAUGGUGGUGCUGGAGCGGAGCGUGUUUGCGGCGUAGGGGCGAGAUCUCUGCAGAGGAUGCCAACGGGAGGCUCCGGCGCUCUUCGUUACGACAGAUGGAUGAAUAACUUGCUAUGGGAUUGAAUUUAUAAAACAGCAAAACCAUAAUCAUAUGCAUUUCUUGCCAUCGUUGUUUAUUAUUUAUUAAAUCUUUGAGUAAUAUUCUGGGUUUUGUGGUGCUGGGCUCUGGCUGUAAUUAUGCAGCCAGGCCAGUGCUGAGCGGAGCUGAGCUUCAGUCGAGUAUUUGUGCGAGGCGUCUGGGGGGCCGAUGCUUGCACUGUUUCUUCUGAAUGAACGUGGUAAAUGCAGUUAGGGCCUAGUCUGUAUCCCUGAAACGAAUCAUUGCUCAGGUGUGGACUGUGUUGUGACUUCCCCGUGUCAGUGACUUCUGAUUGCAGGGAUGUUUCUUUCUUCAGGUAGGUCCGUUCCUGGAGCCGUCCCCUUCGGCGGCAGCAGGCAGGGCAGCUCCUCAGCCCCGAUCGUGCGCUCUCUGCUGCUGAUGCAGCUAAGUUGCAGGAGUGCAGCCUAACGAAGUGGAUUUCUAGGAGCUGUCGGGUUACGAAUUCUGCAUUAUGAAAGAAGCUGUUGCUCAGAGGGAUUUGCAUGUGCUGCGAUGCUGAUUUUAGCUGUGUUGGUAAAUAGAUUACUUGUGACUGAUUCCUCUGGAAGACGGGCUUAUACAAGCAGACAGUAAUUUUUGUAAAUUAUGUGGUCCCUUCUGCUUUUUUUUCAGAGUGAUAGUUGAAGUGUACUUUCAAGGUUGCUGCUAGAUAUGCUUGGAUCUAGAUUUGUCUAUAAAAUUUUUCCCGUGAAAUAACUUCCCCACAAGAAGUCUAGAGGCUGCAUAACUUCAGUAUGCACUCUUACACGCAAAGCCUCACUGAGCUUUGGGUUUCCCUUGACAAGUACGCAAGCAGUAUGCAUAGAAGAAGACCUUGCAGAUUGAUUAAACCUCUGUUAUAACAGUGAAGUUCUUACGAUGAGUUUUUGUUUUUUUCAAAACCUGGUGACCAAGAGAAACUUGGACUAAUUUCUUUUGAUGUAGUGCCACUGGAUGGAUUCACAGCAUAUAUUUAGCAUGUUGUUGUAGUCGCACAUUAGCAAGUUGUCAUAUAAGGCAGAAGGAAAAGUCAGGAUUUUUUUCCGCCCUUGGAAAAGAGCGGAUCCCCGUACUUUGCCUUCCGUCACCACCAAGGGCAACUGCGGCAGCUCCGUGCUCUAGGAGCUCUGAGCCGCUGUGCUGGGGAUUUGGGGAUCUGGCAUCAUUUCUGCUGAGAUAUUCAGGUGCUUUGACACCUUUUAAAAGCUUAGAAAGUUUAAAAAGAAAUAACUGGCUGCUAGUCCUUCUCAAACAGAUGUUCUUUAGGUCUGACAUAAAUACCCCAAAAAGUGCUUACUCAUGGUUUUUGUUUGGAAUUACUCUGCAAAUAAGGUAGAAACUUAUUUUUCAGCAUUCAGUUUUGUUUAUCUAUCUGAUUAGAUAAACUCCAUCGGAUACCUCUUUCGGCAUUUAUUGCCUUCUCUACUCAGCGGCUACAAGACGUUCUGUGCAAUAACUGCGUUUUUUCCCUAGUUGUCCCCAGCACACAGAAGACUUUAGCAGAGCUGAGUUCGCUGGUCUCUGCAGUGCUGUCGACGGGGCCCUUCCAGUUUCUGCGCAAAAGUGCAGACUGCCGCCAAACCGUGAGGUCGCCCCUGGCGCGCGGGCUGCUACCUGCAAGGGGCCAGUCACCGGAGGAGCUCGCUCUGCUUGGGACUUUGUGGCUAAGCUGUCAUGUAGCCAGGGGCCAGUCCCACUGCGCUCUCACGCUUUUCCCCUCUUACCUGGAGGUCAUUAAUUUUGCCUUGUUUUCU